AUGCCCAUGGAAAAUAUGCGACUUCUGUCUAAGAAGGAACGUACUCUACGUAGUUCUAUUGAUAACCUGAAAACUUUCAUCAGGAAUUACCAGGAGGAUCGUGAUCGAAAUUCUAUACCAAUACGAAUGGAAAAAUUGGACCAGACAUUCGAUAAGUUUGUAGAAGUACGUAUGCAGAUCGAAUUGCUAACUGACGAUCAUGAUGAUGACGAGGAGUUUGUGGAGUCCGUAGAAACCGAGGAGGAGAGGUCUCUCUUGCGUGCUGAAAUCCAAGAGAAACGGGAACUGGAAAACGCCAAAGUGAUUCAAGAGUUCGAAAAUACAUAUUAUGAUCUCCGGCAGUCAUUGGCUGCUUUCACGAUACCUGCAGGUGGAAGUUCCAGUUCAGCCCGAGCGCAAACUCAAUCCACGACGACAUCAGAACCGCAGCCUAGGGUCAAACUCCCGGAAUUAAAGAUGCCUUCUUUCAGCGGAAAGCUCCGGGAGUGGAUUACAUUCCGUGACACCUUUACAAGCGUCAUCCACAGCAAUUCUCAUUUGUCGGCUAUCGACAAGUUUACAUAUCUGCGAACAUCAUUGACGGGGGACGCUCUGAAGGAGAUUUCAUCAAUCGAAAUGACGACAGCAAAUUAUAAUAUUGCGUGGCAAGCAUUAAAUAAUUGUUACGAGAAUAAAAAGCUUAUAAUAAAAUCUCAUCUAGACGCAUUAUUUUCUAUAAAACCAAUGGAGAGGGAAUCCUAUGAACAAUUAAAACGAAUCGUGGGUGAAUUCGAAACCAAUCUCAUGAUGUUACAGAAGAUGGGUGAAGAAGUAGAUGGGAUGAGUACCAUCUUACAGCAUAUGGUGUGUCAACGCUUAGAUUCCGCCACUCUCAGGAAUUGGGAAAGCCACCAUAAUUCGAAAAAUGUACCGAUUUACAGUGAACUAAUCGAGUUUCUGAAAAAUCAAUGCCAAGUUUUACGGAACAUUGCUUCCGCUCGAUCAACCCGAGGAGAGCCUACUAAACAAUAUCGUCCAUCUACAACCAGUCUUACAGCAAUUCAGCAAUCAACGCUGUGUCCUUUCUGCAGUGAGCAGAUGCAUUCUGCAUUCAAGUACAACAAAUUUACGAAACUUAAAACAGUAGAUCGUGUGGAGGAAGUCAAACGAAGGUCGUUAUGUUUGAAUUGUUUAUCGCCAGGUCACAUUGCACGCUUUUGUUCUAAAGGAUCAUGUCAUACUUGUGGAAAAAGCCAUCACACUCUCCUACAUUCAGCUGCUGCUAGUUCGCAAACCAGAACAGCUCAGCACCCGAAUACGCAACCUAGAAGACGCGACAAUGGACCGAACCCGCGACCACCACAGAGUCAAUCCAUACACCAAGCUCCGAACUCAACACACACUCAGACAAUACAACUGCCACACGAAGAAUCUCCAUCCACCCACACUGAAAACCCAAGCAUCAAUCAACCACAGUUCCCAAGCACCACAGACUACCCUUCUACUAGUCACAACACUGUCAUGUCGGUGAACACGAAAACCUAUUCGAACACCGUCAUUCUCUCUACCGCCCUCGUGGGCAUAAUUGACGAUUUCGGCCAUAAAAUAUUUGCUCGAGCAUUAUUAGACUCUGGAUCUCAGCUGUCUUUUAUGACACAAAACCUAGCUCAGAAAUUGAAGUAUUUACCAGUCAAACGAAUCGAUGUCAGUAGAUGGAGAUUACCUGGAGACAUUGUGCUAGCGGAUCCAGAAUUCCACAACCCAAGCAGCAUCGACAUAAUCCUAGGGGCCCAAGUGUUCUUUGACCUGUUAGUUGACGGUCAAUUCAAGUUGGAGAAAGGAGGACCUAGCCUUCGUAAUACUCAUUUUGGAUGGAUCAUUUCCGGCAGAAUAGCAGAUAAAUUUUCUAUCAAAUCGACCACACUCUCACACCCAUGUACCGAGGAAAAAAUAGACGACAUUCUUACGCGAUUUUGGGAGUUAGAAACAUGUCGUACAACAAGCAUUCUCUCAUUGGAAGAAUCGAUGUGCGAAAAAUUAUUCGACGAAACUACCACUCGUGAUUCAACAGGUAGAUUCAAUGUCACGUUACCGAAAAAGGAUUAUGUAAUCGCCAGGCUUGGUGAAUCCCGUUCAAUUGCCAUGCGCCGUUUUUUAUCUUUGGAGCGUCGCUUGGACUCUAACCCUUCGCUGAAGACAGCUUACAGUGAUUUCAUACACGAAUAUUUAAAUUUAAAGCACAUGCGAGAAAUCUCUGUAGCAGAGAAGGAAAUAGGUUCGGAGCCCUACCCUUAUUACCUUCCUCAUCAUGCUGUGAUACGACCAGACAGUACCACAACGAAACUACGGGUCGUGUUCGACGCGUCCUGCGCGAGCUCCUCAGGGGUUUCGCUGAAUGACGCCUUAUUAGUGGGUCCUGUGAUCCAACAGGAUCUGCUUUCAAUAAUAAUCCGAUUUCGUCUCCGAAAAUUUGCCAUCGUGGCUGAUGUAGCCAAAAUGUACCGAAUGAUCAACAUCAACCCAGCAGAUUACCAUCUCCAAAGAAUUUUGUGGAGAGAUUGUGGUACCGAAUCGAUUAAAACCUUCGAGCUUACCACUGUCACAUAUGGGACUUCAUCAGCACCAUAUUUGGCCACGAAGUGCCUUCAACGAUUGUCAGUUGAUGGCAAGCAGCAGUAUCCCACGGCAGCGAAGAUACUGUCCGAGGACUUCUACAUGGAUGACCUCCUAUCUGGUGUAGAUAACGCGGAACAAGGCGUGAAAAUAUAUAACGAACUGACUCGACUACUCCGAAGCGCGGGUUUCACACUUAGAAAGUGGAACUCAAACUGUCCCGAAAUCCUAGCAGAGAUUCCAGAUUCUCUGAAAAACAUGAGUAAUUCUCUUGAAUUCGACUCAUCCGAAAGAACCAUUAAAAUGUUGGGUCUGAUAUGGGAGCCACAUUCAGAUUAUUUUCACUUCACUGUACCUCAGUGGAAUGAAUCUACCGAGAUUAACAAGCGAAUAAUAUUAUCCGAUUUCGCUCGCCUUUUCGAUCCGCUUGGACUGGUUGGACCAGUAAUAGUCCAAGCGAAGAUAUUUCUCCAGGACCUUUGGAAACAAGGGUGUUCGUGGACUGAACCAUUAAAGGAAGAGCUUCGACAAUGGUGGCUCAUAUAUCGCUCAAGCAUGGUUGGGCUGACAAACCUGAGAAUCCCACGGUGGAUUGCCUUUAGCAAUGAUGUUGUUUCUGCGGAAAUCCACGGUUUUUGUGACGCGUCGGAGAAGGCAUACGGUGCCUGUGUUUACCUCCGCUGUAUUACUGUCUCCGGAUCCAUUUCGGUCAACCUAAUUACUGCGAAAUCUAGAGUCGCACCGCUAGAUGAUACCAAACGUAAGAAGAAAAAGAUGACUAUACCUCGACUAGAAUUAUCUUCCGCCCUCGUUCUCAGUCACCUGUAUGAGAAGAUCAUAAGUAGUAUCCAAAUUUCUGCAAGACCACAGUUUUGGACUGAUUCUACCAUCGUCCAAUGUUGGUUAUCGUCACCACCAUCCCGCUGGCACAUUUUUAUUGCUAAUCGUGUGUCAGAAAUCCAACACCUGACACGAUCAGGUAUGUGGUGCCAUAUCGCUGGAACACACAAUCCAGCAGAUGCCAUAUCACGUGGCAUUACACCGGAAGAACUUGCUGACCAUCAUUUGUGGUGGAAAGGCCCAGAUUGGCUGAGCAACCCGAGAAGCUCGUGGCCUCCGAUUAACUCAACUCAAAUUGAAGAUUUAGACACAUCAUUAUUAGAAGAGAAAGUCGUCGUAUCAGCAGCAGCAGCACAUAUCGAAGCUCCUAAUGAAUUAUUCACACUGAAGUCAACACUGUCUUCGCUUGUACGAAUAACUGCAUUGUGUCGCAGAUUCGUUUUUAAUUGCCAAAAUUGUACAAAUACACGAACUGGAUAUAUAUCAUAUAUCGAACGCGAGGAAGCAUUAAAUCAGCUGAUCAAGGUAGCUCAAAACGAAAGCUUCGCAGAUGAAAUAGUAGAUUUAAAAUUAAAUGGACAAGUCAAAUCGUCAUCACGCCUAAGAAAAUUAAAUCCUCAUCUAACGAGAGAUAUCCUUGUGGUAGGAGGUAGAUUAGAGAAUGCCCCUAUCAGUUCAAGUAGGAAACAUCCUAUCAUCCUCGAUAAUCGUCAUCCACUCGCACUACUGAUAGUGAAGCACUUUCAUCAAUCGCUUCUACACGCGGGUCAACAAUUAUUGAUCGCCAGUGUACGAGAGCGGUUCUGGCCACUUCGUCUGAGGAAUUUAUCGAGGAAAGUGAUACAAAGCUGCGUUAGAUGCUUCCGAGUAAAACCAAAGGUCGAGGACCAGCUAAUGGCUGACUUGCCAGCGGAGCGCGUGAAUCCAGUUCCACCAUUCACAAGAGUAGCCGUAGACUACUGUGGCCCCUUCAACAUUCGAUUCCCACAUCGAAAAGCAGACAUUCGAGUCUGUUACGUGGCUAUUUUUGUCUGCCUCGUGACGAAAGCAGUACACUGCGAAAUGGUUUCCGAUCAAACAACAGCAGGUUUUCUAGCAGCUUUGAAACGUCUCGUGGCUCGACGUGGACAUCCAGAAGUCGUACUGUGCGACAACGCUAAAAACUUUGUCGGCGCAAAAAGGGAAUUAGACCAGCUACGCAAAUUCUUCAACUCUCAAAUGUCGCAGCAAGCAAUUGCACAAGAAGCGGCUAGUGAAGGAAUCCACUUCAAAUUCAUUCCCCCCCGAUCUCCAAAUUUCGGGGGUCUGUGGGAAGCCGCCGUGAAAUCGAUGAAAUAUCAUUUUAAACGGACGGUUGGCAACGAAAUUCUCACCCCAGAAGAAUUCUCUACCUUACUGACCCAAAUCGAAGCUUGUAUGAAUAGCAGACCCCUAAUACCACUCAGUAAUGAUCCAAUGGAUUUGGAAAGUUUGACUCCGGGUCAUUUCUUAGUCUACAGGCCGUUGACCGCGAUACCAGAACCAUCGCUAGAUCAUCUCCAGGAAAACACCCUAUCCAGAUGGCAAAGGGUUCAAAAACAUCUCCAGACAAUCUGGAAAAAGUGGUCCACGUUGUACCUUUCAGACCUUCAAAAUCGCACUAAAUGGACGGAGAGGCGAAGGAAUCUGAGGGAGGGAAUGAUGGUUUUACUCAAGAACGAGAAUCAACCUCCACUUAGAUGGGCUCUCGGUCGUAUCGUAGCUGUCCACGAAGGAAGAGAUGGUAAUGUGCGCGUCGUGGAGGUAAAAACCAAGGACGGCACAUACACCAGAGCGAUAGCGAAGAUUUGUGUCCUGCCAAUCAAGGACAAUGAUGUUAUCGAAAACCAUAAUUAA